CGAGAAAGUAAAGCCGAAAUAGAUUAAGAGACAAUAAACAUCUUUAACAGAUUCGUUAACGUUCAGCUUACAAAUCAACCAGAUUAGUCCUACAAUAAAGUCUACUUACGUCUAUUUCACAGAAUAUAUUUGUUAUCAACUCUUUGAUAGCCCUUGUUGUUUGCGAUACAUUCAUCAAUCGGAGACCUUCAAACAAAAUUCAUUCCAGAUCUGCUAUCGCGAUUAUUGGGCUCAUUUCAAACGUCCAUGCCCAGCAAACAGCAAUACAUCGUUAUCAAUAUAUCUUAAGGUUAUAAUCUAGUAGGCACUGUAAUAUCAACAUCGUAGUAUCACUUGGUUAUCUAUAACCUACGAGUCGCAUCGAAAAUGUUCAGGUUAAUAAUGUACUCUAAGUAUUGCAAUAACCUACUGAGAAGUAUGGUCGUACGCGGAAGGGAGUCCUAUAGCCUGAAGACAGUCGGUACAUUUUACAUUGAGAAGAUCAAAUGGCCGAUGAACCGACACAUUUUUUUAACAAGGCCGCAUCACGAGACACUAAAACCUGAUACCUGAUAAUACCUGAUAAUAAUCUGUACCUCCAGUUCAUCAAUUUUAUUAUCGUACACCCUCAGCACCAAGUCAAUACUUUGUAUUGCAAUAUUGCAUUGAAAAAAUGCCAUUUUCUUUUCAAACGCUUCACGACUACCUUGUUCCACAAUGUCCCUCACAUUUUAAAUAAAAAUAUUAGUCACCUGAUUGCUUCCUAUCUACGCUACAAGACUACUCUGCACUACAAUGGUACCGAUUGUUAUCCACCUGUACUAUCAUCACUUUACAUCGCUGUUCGAUCUCAAUCAUACCAACGAGAUCUACGAUCGAUGGUUCCGAUAUGCACUGCAUUCAAUUCCGGUAGUGCGCGACAGAUAACGCAAUGAGAUGGCAACUCAAUUUACAUUAAAUUGCCACUGCACAUACUGAAAAGCUUCAGUAGCGUGAAGACAUCACUCGGUUGCAAUGAGAACAAAGUCUAGUUUUGAAGUUGUGGCUCUAGUGCUGCUUGCGUUCGUACUACCAGUAAAACCGGACGAAAAGCUAGCCUAUUCCGUCGCUAAAAAUGAUCAUUCGAUCGAAUCGGUUUGUGUUGGUGUGAAUGCCGGUAUCCAUCCGCAUCCGGAUCCUGCUCUGUGCUACGUUUUCAUUACGUGCACAUUCGAACAAUCGACUGCUUACCAGUGUGCGGAAGGGUUUGUGUUUGAUCGUGCCAUGCUUCGCUGCAUUCCUGGCGAUCGCGAUCAGUGUCCGGAGCGUACCGAGCCCGAUUGGGAUCAGUUCUGUUCGGGUGUUUCGUACGCGUUCUACGCCCAUCCAGCGGUAUGCUGGGAGUUUGUGUUCUGUUCGCUAGGCAAUGCCAAUCGCUACUCGUGCCCGAUGGGUGAGAUAUGGUCACAGAGAGAAGGGGCUUGCCUACCCGGGAAUUGGGACACUUGUGAGCUGUUGGAGUUGGAGAUAUCCUGUCAAAACCGUUCAGAUGGAGUGUUGCCUCAUCCAACCGACUGUACAAGCUUUUUAGAGUGUAACAAUGGCCAGACAACGAUUAGUGAGUGUUCAAGGGGAGAAGUGUUUGACCAGACGCUGGAAAGGUGUGUUGCAGGCAAUACGGAAACUUGCGUUCGCGCUGACAACGUCUGUAGAGAUAGGGCCGAUGGUACGGUAUUGGCUCAUCCAAAUGAGUGUGAUCUUUUCAUGCUCUGUCAAGGAGGACAGGAAGUGGCAAAUUCUUGCCCAUCGGGAGAAAUAUUAAACGUACAGGCCCAGUUCUGUGUCCCGGGCAAUGCAGACACCUGCCAGUUUCAUCCAGUCGAGACGAUGUGCCAGAACGCGAGCAUAGGUGCGAUCUAUCCUCAUCCGAAUAGCUGUACGCAGUUUGUAAGCUGCAUCACCAGUCUAGGAGUAACGACUUUCUGCCCGGCGGGGCAAAUUUUUCACGCACCGAGUGGAUCUUGCCGAGUGGGCAAUACCAAUACUUGCGAAUUGAUCGUUGACGUGUGUGAAGGCCAAGCCGAUUUCUCAGUGCUGGAACAUCCGAGUAUUUGCUCACUAUUUAUUUGGUGUCAAGGUGAAACCGUAACCGUUCAACCGUGUCCUAAUGGAGAGAUCCUGCGCCCCGAUGCACAGUUCUGUGUUCCAGGCAAUCAACAUACCUGUGAGUUUGAUCCCAUCGAUCGGAUGUGUGUGGGACAGAUUGAUUCCGUAAGCUUCCCGCAUCCAACCGAGUGUGCACAGUUUGUAGCGUGUUUUAGAGGCGAAACUCUUGUGCAAACCUGUCCGAAAGGAAGUGUGUAUCACGCUUCAACACGUUCCUGUGUUCCGGGAAACGAUGACACUUGCGAGCGAUUUGAUAGCAUCUGUUCCGGGCGCCUCGAUGGUAUCAUACCGCACCCAACAACGUGUAACGCGUUCGUUUACUGUACGUCCGGGCAGGCCGUGUUCGAGCAGUGCGGCCCGGGUACGAUCUUCAAGCAGGGGAUCAGUGGUUGUGUGGUGGGCAACACAGAAACUUGCACCGAGGCGAAAACUAUCUGUACCGAUCACGCGGAUCAUACCCUUGUGGGUCAUCCAAGCGAAUGCAAUCUUAUCGUGGUGUGUAUGAUGCAACAACCAACCUUGAGGUCUUGUCCAGCGGGGGAAAUAUUUAACUCUACUACAUUGCUUUGCAUACCGGGAGAUCUGAACACCUGCCAGGUACAUCCCGUAGAAACAAUGUGCAGAAACCGGCCGUACGGAGCGGUUUAUCCUCAUCCGAGUGAUUGUACACAGUUUGUUCGCUGUGCUGGCGAGCAGCCGAACGUCCAAGUGUGUCCCGCUGGGCAUGUUCUGCACCAUUCAAGUAUGUCCUGUCGCCUGGGAGACACCAACACCUGUGAGGUGAUGGAAAACGUGUGUCAAAAUCAAACCGAUGGCGUAAUCCUGCAGCAUCCAAGUCUCUGUGGACAUUUCGUGUGGUGUCAGAGUGGUGCUAUAACCAUAAAUCCUUGCCCCGUUGGGGAAAUUCUUCGUCCGGAUGUACAGUUCUGUGUUCCUGGCAAUCUAACAACUUGUGAAUACGCACCCAUCGAUCGUAUGUGCUUGGGACAGGCUGAUCACAUUCGCUUCCCGCAUCCAACGGAAUGUUCGUCGUUCGUAGCAUGCCAGGGACAGAACGGUGUCGUCCAGAGUUGCCCAACUGGCAGUGUGUACAGUGCUAAAGCACGCUCCUGUACGCCCGGCAAUGAGGCCACUUGUGAGAGGUUUGAAAAUAUUUGCGUUGGACGACCGGAAAGCAUGAUUGCUCAUCCGAAUACCUGUACAGCUUACAUCCAUUGCUCCUCCAACUUGGCAGUCUACCAGCAGUGUUCUCCAGGGACCGUUUUCGAGCCCAGCCUUGGAGGUUGCGUUGUUGGUAAUACAGAAACAUGCACACGGAAUGAUGGAAUGUGUGUUGGGCAGUCCGAUGGAUCGAUUCUUACACAUCCCAACGAGUGUGAUCUUUACAUCUUAUGUGUGUCCCAGCAGGCAGCUCCUCUUCGUUGCCCUCCAGGCGAAAUUUUGAACGAACAGGCGCAGAUCUGUGCCCCGGGAAAUGUAACCUCCUGCCAGUUCAAUCCCGUUGAAACGAUGUGCCACAAUAAGCUCAACAACGCAAUUUAUCCUCAUCCGAACGAUUGCUCACGGUUUGUGCAGUGCAGCGAUGGGCAGGGUAUCGUAAAAGAUUGUCCUCCAGGGGAGAUUCUACACGGUUCAUCUAGAACUUGUCGACCGGGCAAUACAGCAACCUGCCAGUUUCUUGACGGAGUGUGUCAAGGUCGCCCCGAUGGAUGGGUGAUCGAGCAUCAAAGUCUCUGUGGUCAUUUCAUUCAAUGCCAGCAAGGUGUAGCAUCAGUUCACUCGUGUCCUGGUGGAGAGAUUCUACGCCCUGAAGCUCAGUUAUGUGUGCCGGGGAAUCCUACCUCUUGUGUGUUUGAUCCAGUAGAGAAAAUGUGUAUGGGACGGCCAGAUGGACGCGUAUAUCCACAUCCAAACAAUUGUACACAGUACUUGCGCUGUCAAAAUUCGCAACCAAUGCUCGAGACUUGUCGUCCUGGAACCAUCUUCCGCGCAACGACACAAUCCUGCGUCGCUGGCAAUGGUGAUACGUGCACGUUCCUUGAUUAUUCGUGUGCAGGACGUCCCGAUGGAGUGAUACCUCAUCCGGAGGGUUGUGCGCUGUUCCUGCUGUGCACAUCGGGCUUUACGGCUGCUUUCCGCUGUCCGGAGGGUGAGAUCUUGCAUCCGGAGUUCCUGGUCUGUGCGGCAGGUAAUGCUGAUGACUGUUCGUUGGCACCGGUCACUACUGAGCCAUCGAUCAUUUCCGUUUGUGAGGGUCGUCCCGAUGGAAACUACACGCAUCCACUGCUGUGCUAUUUGUUCAUUCAUUGUACAAACGGAGCCACAGAGAUUCGUUCCUGUCCAAAGGAUCAGAUCUUUGUCGGUGCUAUUCGAGGCUGUGCGCCGGGCAAUCAGGAAUCGUGCAUUCCGCUGUAA